AUGGCCGUCCCAAGUACACCACCAAGAGGCAUACAAUACAAGAAAUCGAUACCCAUUCUGGCUAACAAUGAUGCACUCCUCAACACCCAACCAGUAACCCCUGUCACACAACGACAAGUUAGCGAGUCAACAGGACUGUUGAAGUUUUCCAUAGGCAAAAAUGCGGCAUCUCCGGUGAGAGAUGGUCUCCCCAUGUACCUUCCAUUGAAAUCUGCUGUACAUGAGGACAAGGAAAACGAUAUCCUGUUUCAACUGGCUAAGAAGCAACGACAGGUGGUGGACCUGGCUCAAACAUUAAAGAUAGCCAAACAGGAGCUUGCGGAACUGGAACGAAAGUACCAAUCCGAGUUCGAUUCUAGAAACCCGUCCCCUGUUCAAAAGAAGGAUCAGAAUCCACCAACGGCGGCUAAGAAUCCAUUGACUGAACUAAAACGGAUCAUGGAGAAAAACAAUGAAAAAAAACCAUCUGCACUCAAGAGCAGGAAAAGUUUGUUCAAUUUGCAACAAGACUUUGAGGAUAACAGAGCAAUCCAAAAAAUCCGCACGGAUUUUACUACUCUCUCUUCGAACUUUUUAAAUGAUUCUAAGAAAUUUCAGCAGGGUUUUGUGACAAAAGCCAAUAGUUUCUUUAACAACUUUAACACCUCAGGCAGCAACUCCGUAGCUAGCGACCAAAAUUCUUUGGAGCGCAAAGCAUCUGGAAGUUGCCUGUAUGAUGUUCGAAAGCAUGACGCAAACCAGACAUUGAUGAGCUCUGAAGAUGAAGAUGAAGAAGAUUAUGGCGGAAAAGCAUACCGACUAGACUUGUAG